GGAUGGGUGUUUAAGUAGCAAAGGGCACUCCGCACGAGUCAGACCGUAACCGGGUCUGGGCUACCAGGAGCAGCAGCGCUUACCCUCCCAAGUCCAGCCCGGCAGUGGGGAUAGAGGAGAGAGCACUUAUCCUGUUUCUGACCGGCGGUCAGCCCUCCCCUCGCCAUGAUGAUCCUUGGGAACGCGCUGUGUCUGCUCGUAUUCCUUCAGACCGCUCUCGGUUUGAGUGAAGUGCGGUGGUGCACAACCUCAGAGUCGGAGCAGGAGAAAUGCGAAGACAUGAGCACGGCCUUCAAGGAAGCCGGCAUCCACCCGCUCCUCACCUGCGUCCAGGAGGCCUCCGCUGAUGACUGUGUCCGCCUCAUCGCCGCCAACAAGGCAGACGCCAUCACUCUGGACGGGGGAGCCAUUUACGAAGCCGGGAAGGAGUACAAUCUGAAGCCUGUGGUGGGGGAAGUGUAUGACCAAGAGGUCGGCACCUCUUACUACGCCGUGGCUGUGGUCAGGAGAAACUCCUCGCUGGAUAUCAACAGCCUGAGAGGAACCAAGUCCUGCCACACGGGCAUCAACCGGACGGUGGGCUGGAACGUCCCCGUCGGCUACCUGGUGGAGAGCGGCCGCCUGUCCGUGAUGGGCUGUGACGUCCCCAGAGCCGUCAGUGAGUAUUUCAGCAGCAGCUGCGUCCCCGGAGCCGGAGAGACCAACUACUCCCAGACCCUCUGCCAGCUGUGCAUCGGGGAUGCGGCCGGGGAGGGCAAGUGCUACAAGAGCGACCUGGAGCGAUACUAUGACUACAGCGGAGCUUUCCGGUGCGUAGCUGAUGGAGCGGGAGAUGUGGCAUUUGUGAAGCACAGCACGGUGCUGGAGAAUACUGAUGGCAAGACCUUGGCCACCUGGAGGGAGCCGCUGUUCUCCCGGGAUUUCCAGCUGCUCUGCCGGGACGGCAGCCGGGCCGACGUCACCGAGUGGCGGCGCUGCCACCUGGCCCGGGUCCCCGCUCACGCCGUGGUUGUCAGAGCUGACGUCGACGGGAGCCUCGUCUUCCGCAUGCUGAACGAGGGCCAGCUGAGGUUUAACCGAAAGGAUGCCAGCUUCCAGAUGUUUGAGUCCGGAGCCUACCUGCAGAAGAACCUGCUGUUCAAGGACUCCACCACAGAACUGGUGCCCAUCGCCACCCAGACCUACCAGGCCUGGCUGGGGAACGAGUACCUCCACGCCAUGAAGGGAUUGGCCUGCGACCCCAACAGGCUACCCGAACACCUGCGCUGGUGUGUGCUGUCCGCCCCCGAGAUCCAGAAGUGCGGGGACAUGGCCGUCGCCUUCAACAAACAGAAGCUGAAGCCGCCGAUCCAGUGUGUCUCGGCCAAGUCCUCGGAGCACUGCAUGGAGCUGAUCAAGGAAAAGGAAAUCGACGCUGUAACUCUGGGCGGAGGAGACAUUUACGUGGCUGGGAAAACAUAUGGGCUUUUGCCAGCCGCUGGAGAGAGCUACUCCGAGAGCGACAGGAGCAACUCGUACUACGCAGUGGCGGUGGUCAAGAAGGACAGCACCAAUGCCUUCACCAUCAACGACCUCCAAGGAAAGAAGUCCUGCCACUCGGGCUACGGCCGGGUUUCCGGCUGGGACAUCCCCGUCGGGGUCCUGAUCCACAGGGGUUUCAUCCGCCCCAAGGACUGUGACAUUCCCAAAGCCGUGAGCGGGUUUUUCUCGGCCAGCUGCGUACCCGUGAACAACGCCGAGGACUACCCUGCCAGCCUCUGCGAGCUCUGCAUCGGGGAUGAAAAUGGCCAGAACAAGUGCGUCGGAAGCAGCCAGGAACGCUAUUUCGGCUAUAACGGGGCGUUCAGAUGCCUGGCUGAGAACGCGGGAGACGUGGCCUUUGUCAAGCACGCGACGGUCUUUGACAACACAGACGGUCAGAACGAGGAAGCUUGGGCAAUCAAUCUGAAGUCGGAAGACUACCAGCUGCUGUGCCCCAACGGUGCCCGGGCAGAGGUGACUCAGUAUGCCGCCUGCAACCUGGCCCAGGUGCCCGCCCAAGCCGUCAUGGUGCACCCCGACACCAACAUCUUUGCAGUGUAUGGACUAUUAGACAAGGCUCAGGACUUAUUCGGAAAUGACGACAACAAGAACGGGUUCAAGAUGUUUGACUCCUCGGAUUACCACGGCCGAGACCUGCUCUUCAAGGACUCCACCAUCCAGACGGUGCCCGUGCGGGAGAAAACCACGUACUUGGAGUGGCUGGGCCCCGAGUACGUGGCGUCUCUGGAGGGAAUGCGCUCGCUGAGGUGCUCGGGCACAGUAGCCUCCGUGAACGCCUUCCUGCUGGUGUCUCUCACGACCCUCCUGAUUGUGUGAAACCAGCCUCUCGGCCAUCAAAAACUCAAAGUAAAGCUACUCUCCUCAAUCAACCCAGGAAACAGACUGAUCCAAGACCGCCUUAUAGGGAGCGGUCUAUUCCCUAAACCCCGAGGGCCUCAACUCCUGUAGAUAGAGAGUCAUUAGUGAUUAUUUUCUUGAAUUGGAAUAAAAAUUAGCAUUAAAAAAAAACUUGCAUAAAACUUUAGUCGGAAUCGCAAAGGUUCCUCGGCUGAUGGAAAAAGCCAAGACGUGUUGUCUCUUUCCUGGCUCCGUAGCCGGGAUCCUGGAGCGCAGGUGGGAGCGGAGGAACCCAGGAGCUCCUUGCAUCGGGCGCCCUUCCGUUCUACACCAAGAUGCUUCCUGGGCGAAGGAGCCCGUGGUGUCUCUGACCCCUGGAGGAGCAGAAGCUUUGCAGCACCAUCUUUCCUCCCUUUGUUUGAGAGUAGCUUUCGUCCUUUCCAUCCCCAUCUCUCCCCCUCUGAGGCUUCCACAUCCACCUGCCCUCAACGUAGCAAAACCGAGGGGCUCCCCGGAGGGGAAUCGCUGCCCUGCAGAGCUUCAUGGCAGUUGGAACCCACAAAUGACGUGAAGCAGCAUCUCCUAGGGGAACGUUCCACCGAGCUCUUCUCUGUCCCUGUCCAAGCCGACCAGCUCGGGAGAUGCUGGCCCCUCCUCCACACCGUUUCCCACACUCGUCCCGCCCCUCAGAAGACUUCGCCGGCUCCUGUUGAGUAUUUCCUCAAGAAGAGUACAACCCGGCAGCUCUUCCUCACUCCCGGGGCUUCUCUGAUCCAGAAGUCGGGGACAGGCGGCAGAAUACGGGGUGUGAGAUGUUUUGGGGGUGUCAGUUUCCCCCUGCACUUCUUCACACGCUUCAUGCAACUGUGGUUCAGAGUCUGAGGCAGACGGUAGUAACGGGGACAUGUUCCGCCGACAAAAUCAAAACUGCUGGGAGGAUGGAGGGUGGAGAUUCCCUGAAAAAUUCUCCAAGAAGGCACUGGGGAAGAUCUCCUGGAUCAGGCGGUCCCGGGUUCCGCGACACCGUCCCACGGCCUGCCUACCCGACAAAUACUCGGUUUGGAGAGCGUUGCUUCAGCCUGCAAGGGAGCCCCAGCUGUCGGAGCUGCUGUUCCCCCAAGACACACCUCCACCCAGCAACUACUCCAGUGACAGCGCUCCCCUGCUAACCUUCCCCUGGCCCAGGAGCUGGAGCCCCAGGGACCCCAAAACCUUUCUAAGGGAGGGGAGGGUGAGACCAAGCACAGGAGGUUUGUCCUUCCUGCCAGUCCUCCUACUUGGGCAGAUCCCACUUGGCGGCUCUCGUGAUGUCUUGCUGACCUGCCUUUCCCUGCUGCCCGCCACUGCGGAAAGGCGGCCAGGAGUCCAGUCGAGUAAGGGAUCUUCGGAGCUUCCAAAUCCCAGGCGGAGAAUCACGGUGCUGGAAAGGCCAUGAAACGUCACCCCCGUCCCUCUGCCCGCCUCUGGGCAGUGCUGCCUUUAAACCUGCACCAGGCCUCACCGGGAGUAAGUCUACAGAGUCAGAGGAGCUGGGCGAUCUCUCCAAUUCUGCCUUUCCGUCCACUCGAUAAGAUCACUUCUGUGAACCUCCCUCCACGAUUUGUUACUUCGGUCAAUGGACUCUUGAGUCGAAUGGCUACUUUAGGCAAGCAAAUCUGAAAUGGGAGCAUUGCCCUUCCUCCCAGCACGGGCAUGUAAAGAACAGCGAUCUGAACCUAUUUUUUGAAGGAAAUAGCCGCUUCAAACCUAGAGACUGGGUGAAGCCUCUCAAUUCUGGGAAAUGCAAUGUGUUAAAAAUAAAAAUAAAUUUAAAAAUAAAUAAAUCAGCCAAUUUUUUUUUAAUCCAGCAUGUUAUUUCUUCUGAGCCCUGAGCCUAGAGUUUUGGAAGCUCCCGGGCAUGCACUGCACAGCAAAGGGUCCCAAGAGGCUUUCGAGCAUGAAGUAGAUCCAGCCCAGCAAAGCGGGGGAUCUUGGCAAAUGGUCCAACUGGAUUGACGCUCUGCAGAAGAGUGGAAACCAAUCAGCGUGUGGCAUGAACUGCUCUCCCUCCCAGGAAGAAGGGAGAGAAUACCGUUCCUCCCAAGCAGAUUGUCGGUGUACUAGAUGCUAGGACUCUGUUUUGAGGAUUCCCUGGGAGGUUUUUAGGACUACCAAUCAAACGCCAGUUUCUGAACUCUGGGUGCACUUUGGACAUCUCUCUCAACACAAAACUAAGGAAUUCAAGAUUUUACAAGAUAGAAGUUAUUUCUUAAUGGCUUAAUCUUCAGACAUUUCUGACCCUUUAGAAUGUCAACAAGUUUUUUCAGUUUCUCCUCCUGUCACCGGGCCCGAGACAGUUCAAGUGGUUUCCUUCCAACCCCCCGGCUUCUAUCUUACGAAAGGAAACCCAAACCAUCAAGUGAGGCCCUGUCCGAUCUCUCCCCACCAAUGCUGCCUCUGUUUCCAGAACCGCCCAGAACCAUCAGCCAAUUGGGGUCUGAUGCUGAGAUUUUUCAUGUAGUGUGGGGAUUGGCUAAUGGCCUCUUCUUAUUUGAUAUACUGAAUGUUUGAUUUGUUUAAAAAUAAUUUUAAUUGGAAAAUGUAUUUUUAUACAGAAUUUGGCUGCCUGGUGCGUGUUAAUUCACCGAUUUCAGUCGCAUCUGAAUCUGUGACGUGAGCAGAUUGUAAAAUGAGUGGCGUUUGGGUAACUAAUAUUUAGUUGCCGGCUGAGCGUACCUGUUUCUGGGAGAAGGCAGCUUCUGUUUCGGCACAAAUAAACAAGUUUUUCAAACCA